AUGUUUUUGCCAACUAAAAGUGCUGCGAAGGUACCCAAGUCCGUGAUAGUAACUUUGAGUUUCUUGAAGGUUGGCGCAUCUAGUUGGAUCCUAAUAUAUGUUGCUUUCGCUCUUGGCAACCUCAAAUGGAAAUCACAUUUAGCCUUAGGUCCUCGGGAACGCGAGAGUUAUCUUUCUCCCCAAACCAACCACUUCGACUACUGGCAGCGCGCACCGCCUGAAAUUAUAGACUGA